AUGGUAAGUAUAGUGACCAACAAAGGUGAUAGCACCAAGGGAGAAGAAAUCAUAGAGAAGAGAAGCUCAACUGAGAUCGAGGAGGAGGAAGCGAGUGGGAAAACCAAGGUUAAUGGAGGUGAAUACCCAGGUAAACAGAAGCGGUCGAAAACAUUUACAGGGUGCUUUACAUGUCGGUCUAGAAAGAUUAGAUGUGACUUGACGAAACCACAUUGUCGGAAUUGCUCGAAGACAGGACUAGUUUGCGCUGGGUAUGAUAUAAAAUUGCGAUGGUCUCAACCAUUGCAGUUCUCUAACAAGAAGGGGAACUCAAAGUCGUCGCUGGUUGUAUUCAACAAGAAGAAUGAAGGUGAUGAUGAAAAUGCCAAUCCCGAGUUUUUCCAGAGACGGUCGGUUGGGUUUGUCAAGUGGGAUAAGCCGUACGAGACAUACGAUGAGAUGGAUCGGGUUUUGGGGAUCUUGCAUAAUUCGGGCAAUGAUAAUAUGGUGAACGCAGAGAACAAAACCAAGUUGCUCGGACCAUUUGGUGUGUUCAAGAGUUCUAAAAAGAGGGCUGGUACUGAAGAUUUGAAAUUGACGAAGAGGAAGAAUGCUGGGCCAAAUUAUUUGAAUGCGUAUGCUGCAUCAACAAACCCGAAGCAAACAGCCGAUAUAGAAAAAUCUACUCCUAUAGCGACAGGAGAUGAUUCUGCUCCGCAUGACCAAUUGUGGUUGUCGAAUGAAUUGAGAGACGAUGCGUUGUUGACGGCUGCUGCAUUAAACGGGGAUUCACAAUUCUUGGACUUUAUGAAUAACCUUUCUCCUACAAAUAACCAAAUGCUAACUACGGGCUCUAACACAAAUUCAAGGGCUAGCCCAAAUAUCAACAAUUAUAAUUUCAGUGGAAAUCAGAACGACUUUUUAAAUUUAGUGUUUCACAGACAUAAUAACUUUUACGGGAAUAAUUACGCCAACAAUAAUGCAAAUUCCGAUAGUAAUACCCCAGUACCAGUUACAGACAACCAAUCUAGCACUAAUACGGCCAUGUCCAAUCUAUUAAACGAGAACGAUGGUUCUAAGACGAUAGACCCAAGCAAUCAGCAUUUAUAUUACUCUAAUUAUAACACAUACUAUUACAAUAAUCCGUAUCAAUUGAAUGAGAAUUUGGAGAUUCAAUUGCAUGCAUCGAAAAUGCCUAAUCCUACGGAAGAAGAAAGUACGGAUAUAAUAGAAGGUGAUCAUACAAACACUACUCAAAUGCCUGCAUCCAUUAUGUGCAUUGUCCAGCGGCCAUUGCAACCAAAACUAGGCUUUGAUUUAACCAUUCCUUCAAUAAAUAAUUCGACAACCAUGGGUUUACCGACAACAGCUUUACAAGUGCAACCGUUAACAAGAUACUUAUUAAACUACUAUAAUACACAGGUUGCAGAUUUAAUGACGGUUAUUCCAUUAACGGAGAAUCCGUGGAAAACCGUUUACUUUCCAAGGGCAUUAAUGGCAAUUGGUGAACUACUGGCAUUAGGGAAAACCUCGAAUGCUAAAAAUGCUUUAUUAAACGCGUUACUUGCCGUACUGGCAUUUAACUUACAAUCAAAGUUUCCAAAAAAUUCUGAUCCCAUGAAAUACUAUUUGAAUUUGGGUAUUCGAUUGAGGAAUCAAGCAAGUUUAUUUGUGAAAAGCUUACUAGGUUCUAAUAUUGAUUCAAAGUCAGGAAUUGAGAGCUGUGUCUUGAACGAAAAAUAUAAAGAUGUGUUAUGUGCUGUUAUGUCGAUGAUUAGUGUUGACUUAGUGUGGGGUACAAUGCAAGAUACAAAUUUAUAUAUCAGAUGGUGUGGUAAAGUUAUAACUGCAAAGAUGGUUAAUAAGAAGAAACUAUCAUCAAGAGCAAGAAUUUUACACAGAAUUUUUCUGUCAUUAAAGUUGAUUCAGGAUCUGACUUGUUUGGAUUUGGAUAAUAUUAAGGAUGAUUAUGAAACAAUCAAUGAAAGUGGUUAUGAUGUCAAUGGGGAUAAGUUUUUUAACACUUUACGCCAAAACUCAAAGUCAUCUGGUAAGGGUAAAAUAGAGUUCAUUGUAAACAAUGUUGAACAGAGCAAUAUCGCAGGAAACAAUCAAAUGAAAAACACAUCACCAUUGUUUGUUAAUAAGAAGCUAAUCAAUACAAAGAAGAACGAUGAAAAUUUUGCAACUGACGCGUUGUAUGGUUUACCAAACUCGUUGAUUCUAUUAUUCAGUGAAACUGUUCAAUUAUUGAGAACCAAGAUAUACCACCAGGAAAUUUAUCAAGACUUACCUAUCAAUUUCCAGCAGGCUGUGAAUAAUCUAGAAGAGAAGUUGCUCAAUUGGAGGUUGGAUUGGAAACUAUUCGAGACAGACAACAAGGAUGUCAAUGACAUAAAAGCUCAGUCCGAGCGACAAGAAGAACCCGAUGAGGAGUCUACGCGUAAACAGGACGAAGUAGACAAAAAAUUCACGUCUCCAAUGCACGAAGCUACCUAUCAUCACAUUUUAUCCUUUUAUUACGCAUUGACAAUAUAUUUCAACAGAUUAAUUAACGCCGUCCCUCCAGAAGAGGUGCAGCCAAAAGUUGAAAAAACGUUGGAGCAUCUCAACGCAAUCCAGGCCCUCAUCGCAAAGGACGAGGCGGCAAUAAUCCCAUUAUUCUGGCAAGGAUUUAUCGCAGGCUGUGAAGCCACCUCAAAUGAUUUGCAGAUGGGAUUCAAAAAAUGGGGGGCCGAUAUCGCCCAAUAUUUAGGUAGUUAUUGGGGUGCACGGCAAAUUAUGCUCGAAGUCUGGCGUCGUAAGCGAAUGAACGAACCGAGAGACGACUGGGUUAGCGUAAUUAGAGACUGGGAAAUGAAUCUUAUGUUAAAUUAA